CUGGUUCACAACUUCGCGCGCCAGCAGCAAGACGAUAGACCCUGGACACAGGCUAAGCCUUUAGCGCAGAAUUCUUCCUUCGGCUCUCUUCUUCACUUCUUUUUACACUCUCUACUCCACUAAACAUGGCGGCGGCGACAUCAGCAGUCGCGGCUCAUCUCUCGCCAUCGCUCUCCCUCUCCGUUCGCGAUGCUUGCCCCGUCGGUUCGACGGCGACGCUUUCCGUUUCUCGGCUACCCAAUUCCGGAUUUGGCCGAAUUGGCUCCACGUUCGCCACUGGGUCUCCUCUGUUGAUAUCUAGAACCGGACUUGUGAAGGCAAAAUCUGCAAGAAGAGCUGCAUUAGUUUCUGUAAGAAGCGAGCAAAGCACCCAGGAUAGCGGAUUGGACGUAUGGCUAGGACGGAUUGGGAUGGUAGGCUUUGCUGUGGCCAUCACGGUUGAAAUUUCGACAGGGAAAGGCCUCCUUGAGAAUUUCGGGCUCUCGGGCCCCAUGCCUACAGCAGCCUUGGCAGUGACGGGACUGGUUGGUGUUCUCACAGCAGUGUUCAUCUUCCAAUCCUCAUCCAAAAGUUAAACCGCACAGCUUGGCUAGAUGCACAUAGCACAUUGGUGUUUGUAAACUGCAAGUUUGUAUCAGCUGCUCCAGAGAUGCUCCAAAAAGAGUGGAGAAUGUAUUCUAACAUUCUGAACCUCUCUUAAUCCUUUCUGGUGUGUAUUUUACUAAACUUGGUACUAUUUUUAAUUGAUUCCUCUGAAACAUUUGAUGCUUCUGUUAAAUGUUAAGGGCUUUCCUUUGAUGAAAAGCACGGAAGUUACUCACGCCUCAUCAAACGAAAGCCACUCACAAGGGCUUUAAGUUUGCACAGCACGGAAGUUACUUACGCCUCCUCAAAUGAAAGCCACUCGCAAGGGCUUGAAGGGCUUGAAGUUUGCACAGGUCUGAAGACAAGAAUACCAUGUGCUUAACAAAUGGGAGUCACCGGGAAUCGAACACAAGACAUCUCGGUCACAGAAGGCUCUGAUACCAUGUCAAGAACCAGUUGAUCUCAAUAACUCGAGUUGUUGGGAGAGGUUCAAUGGUGGAUCAUAUAUCACAACACUAGCACUUCUUCCGUUCGAGUUGGUUUCGACACGUCCGCCCAUCAAUACUUGGCGCUCAAGUUCUCAUUGUUCUAUAUGAUCAAGCAAUUAACAUAUGACUUUGUUGAUUCAAUCGCAUAUUUUAGUGUGUGAUUUGUAAAUUACGCUUAUGUGAGAAAAACAUGUUUGGACGUCUUUUUCAUUUUCCCACAUAAUCAAC